AUGUUUGCUCGUAUGCGCAUUCCGCAGACUGCUGGGCGACUGGCCCGCGCAGCACGCCCUCGCCUGUACUCGACCAAGCCCAACCCGCAGGCUGGCGGACCCGGGCUGCGCAAGGCCGAGAUUGCAGUGUUCUCUUUGGCCGGCGUGCUGGUCGGCACGCUAGCGCAGCAGAUCCGCAACCGACGCACGCAGGCUGAAGCGCCGGUCGAGAAGGCUUUGGGAAGCGAGCUCUCCGAAGUCAAGGUGCCCGUCUCGAUUCCAUACACCGACUACGAGACGUCCCCAAAGCCUGAUUACUACAGCGACACAUCACGGCCGAUGCACGAGCGCAUGGAGUCAUUCGUGCUCGAUCUACAGGACCGCCUGGUGACAGCACUGGAGUCGCUGGAGCCGAGCAAAAAGUUCCUGCGCGACCGGUGGGAACGCGAAGACGGCAAGGGCUAUGGAAUCUCGUGUGUGAUUCAGGACGGCACUGUGUUUGAGAAGGCUGGCGUCAAUGUCAGUGUGAUUUCGGGCAAGCUGACGCCUGGCCAGCUGCAGUCGAUGCGGGCGCGCAACCCCAAGACCGCGCAGACGCUGACCAGCGACGAUUAUGAGUUCCGUGUCGCGGGCGUUUCGGUGGUGAUCCACCCGCGCAACCCGUAUGCGCCCACCGCACACAAGAACUACAGGCGCUUCGAGGUCUACAAGAAGGGAUCGGACACGCCUGUCAUGGCUUGGUUUGGCGGCGGCGCCGAUCUGACGCCCGCCUAUCUGUUUGAGGAUGACGUAAAGUACUUCCACCAGACGCUCAAGGAUGCCUGCGACAAGCAUGACCCGACGUACUACGCGCGCUUCAAGAAGUGGUGCGACACGUAUUUCACCAACAUCCACCGCAACGAGACCCGCGGUGUCGGCGGCAUCUUCUUCGAUGACCUCGAGGACAAGUCUCCUGAGGAGCUGUUCCAUUUCGCCUACGAUUCGGGCAACUCGUUCAUCAAGGCCUAUGUGCCGCUGGUUGCCAAGCGUAUGACCAUGCCAUACACGCAGCGCGAGCGCGACUGGCAGUUGAUCCGCCGCGGCCACUAUGCCGAGUUCAAUCUCGUCUACGACCGUGGCACAAAAUUCGGUUUGAUGACGCCUGGUGCUCGUAUCGAGUCGAUUCUCAUGUCGCUGCCACUCACUGCUCGGUGGGAGUACAUGAACAAGCCCGAGCCCGGAUCGCCCGAGGACAAGCUCCUGCAGACCGUCCGCAAGACCAGCGAGUGGGCUCAUUAG